GAAGGGACGUGUCAGUCUGGGGCUCUGAGGGGUCCCCUCCUUGCCUCGCCCCAGCACUGUCACAGCCAAGAAGUUCCGGGAGCUGUGAGUCUCAGCACAAGUUUUACUUCGCCCCUCUGCAAAGGAAGUGUAAUUAGCCCAUCGAGGAAGGGGAGGACUGCAGGGUGGGACGAGAACUGGCCUAACACGAAAGGCUGGAAGCGUCCGGCAGGGGCAGGCUCGCAGAUGCUCAGGGGGAGAGCUGCCCUGUGAGCCCGGGGCUCCCUGUCUGCCGUCGCGCGCUCGUCACAUUACUCCCUGGGCGGGCUGCUAAGUGGCAGCAGAGAUGUAAGCUGGAGAUCCCUGGAGGUGGCGGAGCUGGUCUUGGCACAGUCACAGCGGCUCCUCACAGCCGACUCCUUCAGAUUCCUGAGGAAUGUUCAUGAGAAUCCGAGGAGCCCCCGUGAUAAGCCCUUUCGUUCCCUCGGCGCGCUCCGGCGGCGCCAGUCUCUCAAGUAUCAUUUCACCGUGAGGAUGGGCAAAACAAGCAGACUAAGCUGGUUCUGGAACAGCAGCUGCACAAAAGGUAGAGAAACAGAGGCCUGGCACUGAACUCCGGUAAUGGUGUUGGCACGCUGCCCUCCCCCCUCACCCCAGGACGGGAGCCUGGGUUGGCUGCCUCCACUCGUCUGUGUCCCCCAGAGCGCGCAUGGCUUCGCGCCAGGAGUGCGCUAGCCUUCGGCGGCUUCACCCCUGCUGCAGUGAGGUCGUGUGGCCAGCUGGUCCCUCCUUUCCCCCUGAGAGCUGCAGCUGAGACCUGGUGCUUGUGAAGCUGCAACCACAUCAAACCGUGGGGUCAGAGUACCCUGCGACUGUCUCCAAGCUGGGGUCACUGGCAACUCCCUCUGGUGGGGCCAUCGCAGCCCCGUGUCUUCUAGAAGCAGCGCAAAAGCUGCACCAUUGGGAUGGUUCUCCGGCUGUGGAGCGACACGAAAAUCCACCUCGAUGGUGACGGUGGCUUCAGCGUCAGCACAGCAGGAAGGAUGCACGUCUUCAAGCCCGUAUCUGUCCAGGCCAUGUGGUCCGCCCUGCAGGUCCUUCACAAGGCCUGCGAAGUGGCACGAAGGCACAACUACUUCCCCGGGGGCGUGGCUCUCCUCUGGGCCACCUACUACGAGAGCUGCAUCGGCUCCGAGCAGAGCUGCAUCAACGAGUGGAACGCCAUGCAGGACCUGGAGUCCACGCGGCCCGACUCCCCGGCCCUGUUUGUCGACAAGCCAACGGAAGGGGCGAGGACCGAGCGCCUCAUCAAAGCCAAGCUCCGCAGCAUCAUGAUGAGCCAGGACCUAGAGAACGUGACCUCCAAAGAGAUCCGGAAUGAAUUGGAGAAACAGAUGAACUGUAACUUGAAAGAAUUCAAGGAAUUCAUAGACAACGAGAUGCUCCUUAUCCUGGGACAGAUGGACAAGCCCUCCCUCAUCUUCGAUCACCUUUAUCUCGGCUCUGAAUGGAAUGCAUCCAAUCUGGAGGAGCUGCAGGGCUCAGGUGUUGACUACAUCUUAAAUGUCACUAGAGAAAUAGAUAAUUUCUUCCCUGGCUUAUUUGCAUAUCACAACAUCCGCGUCUAUGAUGAAGAGACAACAGACCUUCUUGCCCACUGGAACGAGGCGUACCACUUUAUAAACAAAGCAAAGAGGAACCACUCCAAAUGCCUGGUACAUUGCAAAAUGGGUGUCAGCCGCUCCGCUUCCACGGUCAUCGCGUAUGCGAUGAAGGAAUUCGGCUGGCCCCUGGAGAAAGCCUACAACUACGUGAAGCAGAAGCGCAGCAUCACGCGCCCCAACGCCGGCUUCAUGAGGCAGCUGUCUGAGUAUGAAGGCAUCUUGGACGCGAGCAAACAAAGGCACAACAAGCUCUGGCGCCAGCAGACCGAGAGCCGCCUCCAGCAGCCCGUGGGUGACCUCGCGGGGUCCGGGGACUUCUUGCCAGAGACCCUGGAUGACACCCGGGAAGCCCGGCUGUCCUGCUUGGACGAUGCUGCCCAGCCUGGGUUCCCAGGAGGAGGAGGACCCUCUCUCUCCUGCUGUUUUCGACGGCUCUCAGACCCCCUCCUGCGUUCCCCCAGCGACGAAACCGGCGGCCUGGUCCAGCUGGAGGAUCUGGAGAAGGAUGCUCUGUUGGAGGAAGCAGCUCAGCCUCCAGCAGCGCCCAAGCCAGCUAGACCUCCCCAGGAAGGCCCCGGGCCCUGUGAGAAGGAGGUGAAGAAGAAACCGGAGUUCGGGAGCCCGAAAGCCCACAGUGGCCCCUUGCCUGCGGUGGAGGAGAUGGAGAGGGAGGAGGCUCCCGGAGCAGGGCGGUGGGGGAGGUCCCCAGCCCAGCUGGAUAAGAGCCUGCUCAACCGGGAAAACCUAAAUAAUAACAAUAGCAAGAGGAGCUGUCCGGACGACUUUGAGCACGAUGCUCUAUUUGGGAUCCUCAACAAAGUGAAGCCUUCCUACAAGUCCUGUGCCGACUGCAUGUACCCCACAGCCAGCAGGGCUCCCGAGGCCUUCGGGGAGCGGCGCGAGACCCCUGGAGCCCCCGCCAUCUGCACCCAGCCAACCUUCCUGCCCCACCUCACGUCCUCCCCGGUGGCCUACACAGCCAGCCGGUCCCGAGCCCUGGAGAAGCUGGCCUCCGGCCCCCCCGAAACUCCCCCACUCCUGCCACCAGCAGGCCCGAGGAGGCCGGACCCCGGGAGCUCUGGGCCCAGGGCUGCCCCGGAGCCGCCAGCUAGCCUUUUGGAACCUUCCAGAGAGACCCCCAAAGUCCUGCCAAAGGCCCUCCUUUUGAAGAAUUCUCACUGUGACAAGAAUCCUCCCGGCAUGGAAGUGGUGAAGGAGGAAUCGCCACCCAAGAAGGACGGGAAGCCGGCCAAGGACCUGCGGCUGCUGUUCAGUCAGGAAGCCGAGAAGCCGAGCGCGCACAGCUACCUGAUGCAGCACCAGGAGUCCAUCCUCCAGCUGCAGAAGGCGGGCCUGGUCCGCAAGCACACCAAAGAGCUGGAGCGGCUGAAGGGCGCGCCCGCAGACCCGGCGGCCCCCCUCAGGGACGGCACCGCGGGCCGGCUGGAGGCCAGCAUCCCCGAGGAGAGCCCCGACCUGGCUCCCGACCUGCCGCCGGGGGCGAGUGACGAGAAGCCGGAGGCCACCCCCAUCCCGCUGGAGGGAGCCUCGCUGAAGAGCCCCUCUCCCUUCCUCUGCCGCCUGGACCACACCAGCCACUUCUCGAAAGACUUCCUGAAGACCAUCUGCUACACGCCCACCUCGUCCUCCAUGAGCUCCAACCUGACGCGGAGCUCCAGCAGCGACAGCAUCCACAGCGUCCGCGGGAAGCCGGGGCUGGUGAAGCAGCGGGCACAGGAGAUCGAGACGCGGCUCCGGCUGGCGGGCCUCACCGUCUCGUCCCCGCUCAAGCGCUCGCACUCUCUUGCCAAGCUCGGCAGUCUCGACUUCUCCACGGAAGACCUGACCAGUGAGGCUGACCUGUCCACCAUCGCCGACUCCCAGGACGCCAAGUCGAGCGAGGCCUCCUUCUUGCACGAGCCCCAGGCCACCCCGCGGAACCCAGCCGCCCCCUCUAAACCAUCAGGGAAACCCGCCCCAGAAAACUUGAAGAGCUCCUCGUGGCUGAGCAAAAGCUGACCCGCCACCAGCUGACCACAUGACCCCUCCCUGAGUCUCACCACGGGUUUCGGUCAGCCCCUCUCGUCUCUCCAUUUCCCUCAAACAGUGGCGUUUAAGAACUCGCAGCCAGGAGGAAAGGGGAGUGUCUGUUGUGUGGCCAGCAGACUCUGAGCCCGAGUCAUGCGUUUUCCAGGAGAAUCGUGUCUGCAGGGCAUGUACAGAUACGCACACACGUCCAAGUACGCUGUUUGCAACAGGCACAGAACAGCUGUGGCGGCGGCCUCGUCGCCAGCCGCACGGUCCUAGCUCAUUCAGCCCGCGUGAGAAAAGUCUUGGAUGGCAAUAUAAGUCCUACCUCUGUUCUUGCUGUGCUUUUUAUGUUUAAAAUACAGUGAUGCCCAAGGCUCAUUCCAGGGAAUACUGCUGUGUCAGAAAAAGGGUUCCCAAGAGGGAAUUUUGUUGUUGAAAAAGGUGUUAGGAUUCCUAACGUGACCUCACCGAGCCCUGCGAGGGAAAGGGAUGCGAUGGUGUGGGAGGCUGUUGUGGAACCAGCUCUGUGGGGUGUGGUCCUCUGUGCUGCAGACUCCUCGGUCCUGGCGUGUUGUUACUGCCGAGCCGUGUGCGUCUGGCCCGCACUGGGGUCCGGUGGGGAAACGUGUGAUGUCCUCAGUUGUUACUUGUGGUGGAUUUCAAAUUGCCCCCCAUCUGGGGAGACGGACCCAGCAGCGCUGUUCGUCUCCUCUGCUGUUCAGCCCCGUGGCGGGGAAGAGGGGUUGACGGUGUCUGGGGGUCCGGGGUCCUGAGAUGCAGGCUGUCCUUCCAGGGACCCGGCAUUCAGGUUCACUCAUUGUCACAUCUGCUCGUAUUUGGGGGGAGAAAGAAGACCCAAUCAUGAGCAACGAUCGGUUCCUCCCUAAGGGCAGCUUCUGUGAAAGAAACUCGGCUGUUGAAUAGCUUCCCCAUGUUUACAGUUGCACCUCCGUGGCGGGGACACUGCCGCCCGCUUCCCUCUGGUGGCUCCCAGUGGGUGGAUGGGGCAGGGGAGGGCCUGCGGUCCCAGCCGGCUCUGAGCAGCCCCGUUAAGAGUCAGGUGAGCUGGGUGCCUCAUGCUGCCGCGGCUCUGAGGUCGAGUGGAGGGUCGUCUGGUGUCGGUUAGCACGACAUUGGGAUGUUAAAAUAGUUUGAGAAGAGAGAAGGGGCUCGGGUAGAAAGGUUGAAUUCAGGGGUCAGCAAACUGUGGUAUAUGGUCCCAUGAGCUAAGAAUGGUUUUUCACCCUUUUCAGGGAGUUAUUAAAAAAAUUAACUCAUAGGCAACAGAGACCACGUAGCCUGCAAAGCCUAAGAUGUUCAUUAGCAGGCCUGUGCAUACAAAGUUCGCUGCCCCGGGGUUUAUUGGACAGCCCAGGGCUACCCAGAGCCCUCUUGGGAGAAACUGGGCACAUGUGAAACCUUCCGGGCCUCAUAACGCCUCAGGCCAAAUCCUUCUCCCAGCCCAGACCUUGCAGCCCACCCCCAGGGUGUCUCCUGCAGGCGGGUGGCUGUGUGCGGGUGGGACACUCCUGGCUGGUCAGCCAGGUUAAUUCAGUGAAACUAGAAAGGCUUCAAGGACCAGCCAGAUUCUGAAAGUGGGUGAAUGAGUUGCCACCGGACAUUGGUCAGACUGGGACCCCCGACAGCCACCAUUCUAGAAGCACCAGGCAGGGUCUUCGGGAACCAGGCUAGUUCAUAUUUCAACUAAUGCGAGAGUUUUUUUAGUUUUUUACAAAAACCCUCUCUCCAGGAACUUUUUUUCCCUGAUCGUAUCCUUUUAAUUUUUAAAAAUAUAUGUUAUUUUACUUCAUAGGAAUUUAUUUUUCCCACCACCAUUCACUGAAAUCACUUUAAAAGGUGAUUAUUCACUUUCCCCAAAAACCCUGUUAGGUUUCUCUCUCUCUCUCUCUCUCUCAGCCAACAAAAGCAUAUUCUCAAAAAAAGAAAAAAAAAAUCAAGUCCAAUAUGUCUUGCCAAAUUAAAUUUCAUGUGGUGGAUCAAUUUUUGUGUCAAAAUAAUCCUUUAGGUUUGGUGAUGACAGGCUGUUUUGCUUUUUUAAAACCAUGUGUAUGAGAGUGAUAUAUUUUUGAAAACUUUAAUUUUGAAAGCCAUAAUUUUUCUUAUCCCGUGAAAGGGUGGGAGGAGGAUGACAAGUCUGAGUGGGUUUUUGGCUUUUGUCAAAACGAUCGGUGCAUUUUCAGAAGCACAAUUUGUAUAUUAACAUCAAAGCCAGGGCCCCAUCUUCAGAGCAAAAUGAAGAGAUAUUCUUGACCCACAGACCCAGGUCCGUUGCGUGUCGACCUCUGGCAAAUUGCUACCUGAAACAUACUGACCAGAGCAUCCUGCCAGGCGGGAGGCGGGGGUGCACCUUGGCAGACAGGUCAUCUGGUCAUGCUGCUCUCUGAAGGGAAGUUUUGCCCCCCUAAGAUGGCACCGUAUCCUGAUCGAUGUUCUGUCUGUAAUCUUAGCUGGUGGGGAGGAUUCUUAAGACGAGCGGCACAAGUGAGGGGCAGGGUGCAUGCCCUGGAAGUCCUGGACAUUGGUGACUGCCCCUUUCGUGGAAGGCCAUUGUCAAAUUAGGAGAGAACAGACAUUUUCUCAGUUUUGUUUCAUCUUCCACCUCACCUUCCCUCCGCUUUUAGUCACAUGGCACGCCAAAGGUUCAGGGGAACUAGAUCUUCCUGUUGCACUGGUCCAGGGGGGUCACCUGGCCAGGAGUUGGUAGGUAUAAGGGGGAAACUGAUCCUGGAGUGAGGAGAUGCCGCUCUGACGAUGUCGAUUUCCAUUUCUUUGUCGCGAAGCGAUGUCUGUCAUUGCGUGAGCUUCUGAAGAACAAGGUUCUUCUUACUCGUGCGAUUUCCCUGCCUCCUUGGUCUCAGACCCCUGGGCUGGUGACAGCUCUCUGCCAGGAGAUGACACCCUGUCCACCUGGUGUGCAGGUCACUCACCAGGCCCUCGGGUGGCUGCACUGUCCAACCCCCCUCUGUCCACCCGCCCUCACAGCUGAAAGCAUUCCAGCUCAUCCCAAAGCCACUUCGCUCAUGGGCACGCCCAGAGGAUGCCCCAGGAUGGAGCCAAGCUUGCAAUAGAAUUAACACUUAGAGGACGGCCCUGUACCCUGGCGGUCUUGUCUCUCCCCACAGGCCCGAUCCUAGAAGGGAGAGGAACCCCCCUGCUCCCCUGGGGCUGUUUCUAUUGGGAACAAACGCUGUAUCAUUUAGUCAAGAUCAUAUAAGUCACCUCCCCCAAGGUGUCCGAAGAGGGACUUGCUCUCUGUUGCCUGGAAAUGCUUGACGCCGGAAUACAUUUCACCCAACCCUCCCCUGGCUCCCCACCUAACAGGGCGCCCGUUUCACCUCUGGCCAUGGAGCCAGGCAGGCUGGGAAGAUGGUGACAUCUGGACAGCGCGGUGCAGGGCCACCCGCUCUGGUCCCACCCCGUAGGCUCUCGCUGUUGCUGGUUGCCAAACCAAGGUAGUUGAUUGACCCCCAUGCUCAGCUACUGGUCUUUUUAUUGUCUGCUCUGCCAUGGAAUGCCUGUUGUGUUUGAGUUCACUCUGCAUAUAUAUAUAUAUAUUUGGAUAUAGAUAUAUAUAUAUGUAUAACUUGAAUCAUAUCAUCAUGUGCAUCACUUCUCAUUCACACACGCACUGUCCCCACGCUGUGAGGCGGAUCCCCUGGGGCGGUCUGGAGUGACGCUGUGCGGUGCCACACCCUCGGUAGCUCCGGACAGGACUGCCCUGUUCUGGUCCUGGAGGAGGUGCUGCGGCCCUGGCCUCGGCCCUGACACGGGAGGCUCCCCAGCCAGACCCCCAGUGCCCUGCUGUCCUUCCUGUCGGCUGUGCUGCACGAGGAGGUGGCCUCUUCCCCCCCUUCUUGGACACUGUAAUUAUUGUUUUACAAUUGAGUGCCUUAAUCAUAGUUUACAAAUACUGUGUAUUUAUGGGAAAGUGCUAAGCUCUCACCUUCUGUGAUUGGAUACCUGGCCUUGUCCGUGGUGGUUGGCGUUCAGGCUGGAGCUCGCCCUGCCCGACCUUCUGCUCAUCUGCUGUGCAGUCUCACGCGCACGUGCACCCACACCUGUCCGAGGAGCGUGGCUCGAACUAGCUCUGGGAGUCCCUGCAGGCGAGGCCGGCUCUGGCCCACGCCUCGCGCGUCCCGUGAUGGUGAGGGAAGGCUAGAACUUGGGGUGCUGGCAGCUGGGGGUGCUGACGGCAGCCCAGCCCUCACCCGUUUCCCGGUCACACGGCUGUCCUCUUCUUUCAUAGAGGUUUUUAUUACUGCCUAGGCCACCCUGUUUUUGUCUCUGUUGGUGUCCUGAGCUCUUUGCAACAAAAUGCAGGUACAGACACCCUCCCCCCACCCCCCACCCCAAAAUCAGGAGCUCCACAAGAUGGUUGCCCUUUGGUUUUCAGAAGCUGCCCGUGGGUUCCAGCGUGUUGUGUAAUGAUACCAAUUUUUUUUAUUAUAUUGUUUUUUUUAUAGUAUAUAUUUAAAAGGCAGUAUCUUUUGUACUGUGAAUUUGCAGUAGAAGAUGCAUAAUGCACUUUUUUUUUUACUUCUGUUGGUGUGUACUGUAUAUAGUCCGCGUGCUUCUUGUGAUGAAAAUAAAUGUUUUCUUUAUAAA